AUGAAAGAAGCAUACAUCAACAAAGACCUCAACGUCGAGAUCCGCGACGUUCCAAUGCCUACAGCUGGGCCGGGUGAGCUACUCAUCCGCACAGUGGUGUCAGGCACAAAUCACAAGGACUGGAAAAUGCCCAAACUGGUAGGCGGGGACCCAGCGAACCAUGGCGACGAUAUCGCCGGCUACAUCGAGGCAGUCGGCGAAGGAGUCACGGGAUUCCGUCUUGAGUACUUAGUAGUAGCCGCUAAGGUAAUAUUCUAUCUCCCCGAUACUACCUCCUUUAAAGAGGGUGCGACAAUCCCGCUUACCGGAAUAACCGCGGCUCUUGGAAACCCAGUCACUGCCCCAACGCCCCUGGUGGUCAACGGAGCGGCAACAGCUGUGGGAGCUUUCGCUAUCAAGUUCGCAACCCUGUCUAACAUCCAUCCCAUCAUCGCCAUCGCGGGAAAGGGCAUUCCAUUCGUGGAGAGCUUGCUUAACAAGGGGAAGGGUGAUAUCGUUAUCGACUACCGACGGGGAGCUGCUUACGUCAAUGAGAAACUUUGUAGGGCCGCCGAAGGACAUGUUAUCUCUUACGCGUACGACACUAUAUCUGAUAAAGCAAGCCUAGAGAUACUUUCCAAGGUUGUUUCUGCAGAGAACGGAAAGAUUAUGAGUGUCGUGCCCAAGGAGGACGAGGUAAUUGAUGGAAUCACAGUGCUGGGAUCUAAUGCUGGUCUGAUCCAUGCGCCUGCCAAAGAGGGAGGAGCCAAGGUUGGGGAUGCGGAAUUCGGUGUCACCGUUUACAAUCUGAUUAGUCUUGGCCUGGCCGACGGCUGGUUUUCGGGUCAUCCUUACGAAGUUGCUAAGGGAGGACUGGAUGGACUUGAGGGUGUCUUGAAGGAUCUCGAGGCGGGCAAGGCAUCUGCAAAGAAGUAUGUCCUGCGCUUGGCGGAGACACCUGGGGUAUUUGGGAAAUAG